CGCUACAGUUAUUCCAUUCUCUCUUUUCCCUCAUCUCUGUGGAGACUGAGGACGAGUCAGCGUCGAUUCAUGUGACGUCAGGCGUUGCCGUCUCUCGUUGGUCGUUUCAUGUCGGGGAUUCCCCCUCUCUAAUCUCUUGCAACGUAAGCACUUUCUUGAACUUUCAACGGAACUGCUCGACAUAUCUCAGCACUUUUACUUUCGACAAGGCUGGCGCAGGCUAGCGGAAGUGGGUAAACUUUUACCGAGGUUGCUAGAAGAUGGCUUCGUCUUAUUCUGCUGUCGAAUUUGUCGAUGGACAACUCGAAGAGCGUUACAAAUGUAUAGAUUGUCAUCAAGUCUUGUUCGACCCUGCUCAGUCGUCGUGUGGUCAUCGAUUUUGUUGGCUAUGUUUGGAAGAUAUUUUUAAAAAGGAUCCAACAAAUCCCAAAUGCCCGGAUGAUAAAGAGCCACUUGAAAGGCGUUUCAUUUUCAGGGACAAAUGCGCUCAGAAAGAAAUCGUGGCACUCGAGUGUUAUUGUCCUAAGAAAUCACUGGGAUCGAAGUGGAAUGAAACAAAAGAUAAAUGGUUUCUUGAAUUCCUAAGCACAUAUGCAUGUGCUGGUUUGAGAUUAUGCAGUGUAGGAUGUGGAUCGUUGCUGGUCGCGAAAGAAGAGCGUGCUUCACUGCUUACAGUUCCUGAGAGUGAUCGUUGUUCCGAGUUAGUGGUCUGA